AUGACUCCAGGAUGAACCCAGAGUUUGCAGACCGAAUAAAACAGCUUGAUAAAGAGGCAUCUUAUUACCGUGAUGAAUGUGGCAAGGCCCAAGCAGAAGUUGACCGGUUGCUGGAGAUCCUCAAGGAGGUGGAGAAUGAAAAGAAUGACAAGGACAAGAAAAUUGCAGAACUUGAGAGGCAUAUGAAGGAUCAGAAUAAGAAGGUGGCCAAUCUCAAGCACAAUCAGCAGUUGGAAAAAAAGAAGAAUGCCCAGUUACUUGAAGAAGUCCGCAGGCGAGAGGAUACCAUGGCUGACAACUCUCAGCACUUGCAGAUAGAGGAACUGAUGAAUGCACUGGAGAAGACCAGACAGGAACUGGACGCCACCAAGGCACGCCUUGCCUCCACUCAGCAGUCCCUGGCUGAAAAAGAAGCACACUUGGCCAACCUCCGGAUAGAGAGGAGAAAACAGCUGGAGGAGAUCCUGGAGAUGAAACAGGAAGCACUGCUUGCAGCAAUCAGUGAAAAGGAUGCAAACAUUGCCUUGCUGGAACUUUCUGCCUCCAAAAAGAAAAAGACGCAGGAAGAAGUCAUGGCCCUCAAGCGGGAAAAAGAUCGACUAGUGCAUCAGUUAAAGCAGCAGACCCAGAACAGGAUGAAGCUGAUGGCGGACAACUACGAUGAGGACCACCACCACUACCACCACCACCACCACCACCACCACCACCGAUCUCCUGGGAGGUCGCAACAUUCCAAUCACAGGCCCUCUCCUGACCAGGAUGACGAGGAGGGCAUAUGGGCAUAGCCGGGCCUGUAAACCAAAGUUCCA